GCCCCCUGUUCCUUGCGUGGGGAGUCUCUGGGAUCUCUCUCUGUCACCUCACAGUAGUCGUUGCUGGUCGCGGGCGCGGGGGCGCGAGUAGCGCACGGCUGCUUCUCCCCCGCCCUCAGGCCGGGCCCGGGCUCGGUCUCCCGCACCCUCCUCUCCCCAUCCCGGUCGCGUACCGGAAGGUCCAAGUCGCUACUGGGUGCCCGAGGGCCAUCGUGGCCGCCGCCACGGGUCCUGAUGGAGCCGCCGAAUCUCUAUCCGGUGAAGCUCUACGUGUACGACCUAUCCAAGGGCUUGGCCCGGCGGCUCAGCCCCAUCAUGCUGGGGAAACAACUGGAAGGCAUCUGGCACACCUCUAUAGUUGUCCACAAGGAUGAGUUCUUCUUCGGCAGUGGCGGUAUUUCCAGCUGUUCCCCGGGUGGGACAUUGCUUGGGCCCCCAGACACUGUGGUUGAUGUGGGGAACACAGAAGUCACAGAAGAAAUCUUUCUGGAAUACCUGUCCUCCCUGGGGGAGUCUCUGUUCCGAGGAGAAGCCUACAACCUCUUUGAACACAACUGUAACACCUUUAGCAACGAAGUGGCGCAGUUCCUGACAGGGCGGAAGAUCCCUUCUUACAUCACAGACCUGCCCUCUGAAGUUCUCUCCACGCCCUUUGGACAAGCGCUUCGGCCCUUCCUGGACUCCAUCCAGAUCCAGCCUCCUGGAGGGAACUCUGUGGGCAGACCCAAUGGCCAAAGCUAACAGGACUGCACGGGACCGCCCGCCUCUCCAGGGCUUUUCCUUUUUAAACAAAACAAACCCUACCAGAUUUCUAUUUUAUAAUUUUACAUCAGAGCUAAUGGGGACGGCUUUUUAAAUUUCCCAGGGAAGAAGCUUGUCAGGCUGCACGUAGGACAACACUCCUGAGAAACAGAACCAAUGCCAUCCCUUCUAAUAGUAUUAUACUAAUUUAUUAAG